GGUAUGCACCCUGCCGAAUUCGUGAACCACAUGAGAAACAAAGGCCAGCUCAUUAUGGGCAUUGGACACAGAGUUGAAAUCAAUCAACAAUCCAGAUCAGCGAGUAAAGAUCGUUAAAGAAUUCGUGAUGGGCAAUUUCCCAGCUACUCCCUCUUCUCCAGUACGCGUUGGAAGUCGAAAAAAUCACCACCAGCAAAAAGCCGAACCUCAUCCUUAAUGUGCGUGCGCGUUUGUAGACAUGUUACGCAACUGCGGCAGUUUCACCAGCGAAGAGGCUCAGGAAUACAUAAACAUCGGCGCGAUCAACUCUCUGUUCGUGUUGGGCAGGUCGAUCGGUUUCAUUGGCCAUUACAUGGACCAGAGGAGGCUCAAACAGGGUCUGUACCGUCACCCGUGGGACGAUAUCUCGUACGUCCUGCCAGAGCAGUACAACGGAGGGAACUAGGCGAUGCAUUUUCUUAG